CGGAAACAAACAUGCACGUGUCUGCUAGCUAGCUAGCUAGUUAGCGCGCAGGUAAACAAGCAGAAACAAAAACACCGUGAGCGCUCGUUUUGUUGGUUACGUUCUCCCGCCGAGGGGGAGGGGCGGGGGGAGCAGCAGCAGCGGCAGACUGGGUUAGGUCCGUCUGCCGCUGCUGCUGCUGCCUUUCUGUCUGGGACACUGCUGCCUUUUCCGUAGAAAUGCCUUUCCCGGACGCCCCCUUGUCUUCCGCAACUCUGAGGCCCCUAUCCGCCCCUUUCCCCUCUCAUCUGGAGCUGUAAAUAAUAGUUUGAAUCUGGUUUUGCUGAAGAGGGUUGAGGAAAACGAGCUCCAGGUCCUAGAAAGCGACCUGCUGAACCGCUCAUCAACUGUGCUGAAUACUGCAGACCGGGUUUGAGCUGUAGCGGUGUGGCCGGGCAGCCUGGCUGCCCCCCUGCCUCCAGAUGAAUGAAGAACACUCCGGGACACAGAGACACAGCUGAUACAGGGCAUGCAGGUGUUUCUGCCAAUAUGAUGAAGAAAAAGAACCCGCACAAGAAGCAUAAGAGCAGCCUCGGCCCGCCCACCAAAGUCCUGUCGCAGCCUCGACGCAACAUCGUUGGCUGCCGGAUCCAACACGUCUGGAAGGAAGGAGGAGGACAUGUGAUCUGGAAAGGAACUGUACUCGACCAGGUGCCUGUGAACCCGUCUCUCUAUCUGAUAAAGUAUGAUGGAUUUGACUGUGUUUAUGGUUUGGAGCUUCAUAAAGAUGAGAGGGUUCAGGGACUGGAAGUGCUCCCUGACAGACUUGCUAAGUCCCGUCUGACAGACGUCAACCUGGCCGACGCCAUGAUAGGUAAAGCGGUGGAGCACAUGUUUGAGACGGAGGAGGGUCCGAAGGAGGAGUGGAGGGGUAUGGUGCUGGCCCGGGCUCCCAUCAUGACCAGCUGGUUCUACAUCACCUACGAGAAAGACCCUGUCCUGUACAUGUACCAGCUGCUGGACGACUACAAAGAAGGAGACCUGCGCAUCAUGCCCGACUCUAAUGACAGCGUCCCAACAGAGAGGGAGCCAGGCGAGGUGGUGGACAGUCUGGUGGGUAAACAGGUCGAGUACGCCAAAGAGGACGGCGGCAAACGAACAGGCAUGGUCAUCCACCAGGUAGAGGCCAAGCCGUCCGUCUACUUCAUCAAGUUUGAUGAUGACUUCCUCAUUUAUGUGUAUGACCUGGUCAAAACUUCGUAAGACUCUGUGGAUUUCCUGAAGCCCACCCAAACCCAGUGAGAUGGAAAGAAAAUGCAGCACACGUCAAGACAUCUGAAGCAUUUAACCCGGACUUGUUCUUCGGACCAUCAAAGAUGAAAAUAAAGACUGAAAAGAAGAUUUUUCACAGCGGGAAAUUAGAACAAAGGCUGUUUUUGCGAGUCAACUUGUUUCUCUGCAGGAAGGUUUAAAAUGGAAAAAAACGCCUUCUUUAAACCCUUAAAAUAAUAGGAAAAAGUUACCUUUUAAUAGGUCUAAAAGCUUUUGAAGCCCUGUAUUACAUUUCUGGAAAAAAAGAAAGUUAUGUAAAAGAUCAAUUUUAGAUUAGAAAAUAAUACAACAUGGAUUAGAUUCAAGACGAGGCUUCCUUUUUUUUUUUUUUUUUUGUACUAAACAGCGAUCUUGUGAAUAGAUCAAUAGUAGUCAUCUCUUUUUUUGCUUGAGCAUUUAGAGAUUCUUCUGGAAAGAUUUCUGUGUCAUGUUUUCUACUGAAGCUCACCUGGCCACAGAAAAACAAGCAGACUCCCAGUGAAGAAAUGUAGCCUGAAGCCGGUUGUUGGAAGGGACUUGACUAGAAAUCAACAAAUCAAACAGACUAGAAGAUGAAGAUGAUGAUUAUGAUGAAGAUGAUAAAGCAGAAGAAGGAUUCUUGGACUGGAACAUUUCUAGUCACGAUGAAGGAGGAGUUGGUGUUUGGACUCAGACGCCACAUCUCAGUGUUGACGAUAACUUCUCCAUCUGCCUAGCAUUACCAUGUAUGGAAGCUCAUUUCUGCCAUGAUUAAAAAAUACUCAUGCUAAAGGCAGUAUUACAAUAUUUCUAAGUAAAAAUUAUGACGCCCUAAAUCCGAAUAAUCAGAUAGUUUUGAAGGGUAGCUAGAUGCGCCGUUUGGUAUACGCGUCACUGAAUCAUGAAUUCAUACAUUCGCAUUUCUGUGUGAAUAUGCAGAAUUUGUAGUUCAGGCUCUGUUGGCCAGUAACGAAGGUAAACAGAGCAAAGCAAGUGAGGAUUGUCUGACAGUGAUUUAGAACAUGACAGCCAGAAAUGCUGGUUGUUCCCAGGGGUUAAUUCAGCAAAUACGUCCACAAACAUCCAAUCAUUUUCACAAUUUUACAAGUUUAGUUAGUUAGUUUAGUUGUUCAAAGAAAAUGAUAGGAAAAAAAAAAAUCAGAAUCUUGACUAUUUUUUUAGAUUCAUUUCCGACAUCAGUUUUAUUUAAUAUUACAAACUUUUACAAACAAAGCCAAAAAGUAUUCACUUAUUAUGUUGAUGUUGAACUAAGUAAACAGUAUUUCAUUUUAAGAUCAGAUUAAAUAAUACUUUGACUUGCUAGCUAAUAUUUAAACUAAUGAUAUACAAUCCUUGCUCAGUGAGAUAAAAUCUUUGACUUUAAAACAGGGUCAUGUUUCAUAAGUCUGACUAAGCAAGGCUUUUAUUGUUGGUUAGUUUUUGUUGUAUUUAAAUGGUCAUUUUUUUCUUGGUACAAAUGGGCUUCCAUACAACAGAACUUCACAAGACAGGAAGUGAAACAAACUGGUUCCAUUUUGACAGUUUAAUGUCAAAGCUGGACUUUGUAAAGCCCUGGAAACUGUUGGCCCAAACUUCAUCCAAGCCGGGUGGUUUGGUGACAUCUCUCUGAAAAAGGAACUGUUGAAAACAUCAAAAUGACCUUUGGAAAUAUCCUAAACGCCAAUUUGUGGCCCAUCUGAUUGGAUGAAGGAAAAACUACAUUUUUUGUUUGGCUCUUGUACAGAGAAAACCAAGCUUAUUUUCAUCACAUUGUGUGCUACUCACACAGACCCCAUGUUUAAAAAAAAUCUCCAGCAAUUCCAAACUGUGACUUUAAAAAAAAGAAAAGAAAAAAAGUUUUUUGUUUUUGUUCUUUUUUUGCUUUCGUCUUUGCCAAAAUCCCCCCUUCUUGUCGUGAAGUUGUUUGAUGUUAAAGAUGAUUGCUUUUUGUUUUCUGUUUUUUCUCGUGAUUUCACUAAAGCCUUUGGAUUUACUCUCGUGUUGUCUUUUCUAAGUCGUCAAAAAAAAAAGGAAAAAUGGGGCCGAGAAAACGAAACUGAACCAUGGCCAAAGCCCUUUCUGUCCUUUUGGAGUUUGUUUAAAAAAAACAACAAAAAACAACAACAAAAAAAAAAAAACUUGUCAUGGAUAGCAGGCAAACACCUGGCUGUGUCACUAUUCAUGGAAAAACAGACUUUGAGAGCAGAAAGCCUGACUUAAUGCUCCUUAAACCUGAAAGGAUGGAGGCAUGAAGAAUGCUUCCUGGACACUUUGUAUUGUGUGUUGGACUUUUGAAGUCACUAGAACGCACAAGGACAGACAGAUUUGCUGUAGCGCUACAGUCAUGUUUCCAACCUUGAAACCAUUGGUGAGACCUGAAACUUCUGUCAAGAGCGCUGGGAGCCUAAAUCCGGUUCACUUCCAUGUUUGGCUUGAUAACAUUAUAACUGAAAAUAUCCCAGUUUGUAUUUACACACAAACCAAAAGAUCACAGACUCUUCGUGGGCAGAUCGGAUCUUCUCCUGGACGUCUUGGAAAGAGCUUCUGUGGGUGCUCACGAGGUGAUCCGGUCUGCUUCACAGCAUGUAUGCAGUAAGAGAGGACACAGUUGGUCGUGUUUAGUAUAUAAAGAGAUUAACAGCCAGUGAAGGUUUGAAUUUGUUUUGUCACAGAUGUACUUUUUAUUUUAUUUGGAUUUACUCCAGACUGAAGGUUUUCUAAAAACUACUGUUUAUUGUACUUAUUUGAACUUAAGUUAAAGGGAACCUAUUCUGUUUAUUGCUACUGGAGUCACUUUGUGUGAUUCAAAAUUAUAAAAUAAUCCCUAAAAAGCAAGCAAACAUCAUUUAUACUGCAGAUUUCCCUCCACGAGGAUGUGCUGGUUCUUGCCAAACCUCUGUACAGGCUGUGAAUUUUAGCAUGGGAAAAGAAAAACUGAGCAACAAUAGCAUAGUAAGAAAUUAUGAAACUCAUAAGCUAAUUCCAUAACAUACAGAUUCAAUAAAAUAAUUGAAAGCUUAAAAUAAAGCAUAAUAAUAAUCAACUCUGCUUAUCUGAAACAAACAGUUUUAGCUCCUCCCCUUUUGUUCUGAAUUGCCACUCUCCCUAUACAGGUGGUUGGAGCUUCUGUUGUCAGAUGACCAUAUUAGGGAUAUCCACUCUCUCUGACUUCAUGCAGAGCCAAGAGUAGAAAAAAAAACUGAGUUUAAAGCAGUCUGAAGUUUAAACUUUUGCCUCAGAUUUAUAAACAAUAAUGGUUUUGAUAAGUGCCACAAUAUAACACUACUGAACUGAUAAUGAUCAUAAUCAGUAUUUAAAAAUAGCAUUUUUAUUGCAUCACAAAUGCACAUAUGAUAUUAUCUUAAACAAUCCAGGCUGACUGUAACGGUUUGCAGUUUAUUUACUACUGCUGUUGGCGUUCAUGUUUCUGUUGCCAUGGCAACUGCCCACUAAUUGGGAGAGAGUCACUUCCCACACACACACACACACACACACACACACACACACACACACACACACACACACGAAAACCUCCCAAAAUCAGACUGAGUCACUCCAGAGUCAAAUCCUGAGGUGGUUUCUCAGGAUUUGACCUUCUGCCAGCUGCUCCGUGAGCGUCUGUGCGUCUGAUAGUCUGUGCAGUUUGGUGCUGAAUUGUAGGUGUACACCUGUGAUGGGGAAAAAAAACAAAACAAAACAACAUAAUAGGUUCUUUUUAAAAUACUUGAGUCUGUUCUGAGUCAGUGUUUUGUCAUUCGUCUACAUUUGUGGGAUAAACUGGGAUCUCCUACAGGCUGCUGUCAAAGCCAGUGAACUCCAAACACGAGGGCAGCCAGCUGACUUGAUUGCACUGUUCAGGCUGUUUGUGACGGUGGAAAUGUGCUUGGAUGCUUUGGCUGAAUCGAUGUACAGAACAGUUUUUCUUUGUGAAGCCUUCAGUGUGUGUACUUCCUGUAAUGUAGUUAGUUGCAAAGGCAGAUUAAAGCUCUUAUUAUUAUUAUAACCGUUCUUUAAAAAAAGAAAAAAGAAGACAGACCCUCUGUGAGGUCUGUAAGUCUCUGCACUUGUGUAUCUGUUUUGUUUUUCAUUGAAAAAGAAGUAUGAUUGUGAUCAUCUCAGCUGGCACUAUUUUAAUCAGUUAACUAAAUAACGCGUCGUUGCUAAGACUCGACUCCCAGCCAGGUUAUGUUGGUUCAUUUUUGCUCUUAUUAUGAUACCAGAUUAUUGUGGUUAAUGUUGAAAUGACAUGGGCCUUCUAUCAUCCUUUUGCCUUGUAUUGUUUGUUUUUGUAUGUUUAAAAAAAUGUAUGUUAAUAAUUUUUAUUGUUAAUGGAAAACCUGA